AUGUCAUUCUUCUAGUCUCAGGAAUACGAAGAUUAGGAUGAACACGAAUAAUUGCGAAAUGUGGUAAUGCCUGUAACAUUCAUAAUUAGAAAUCCCCAAAUCAGUUGCAAUUAAAAUCUCGAUUGUACGAUCGAGGAGGUUAGCAGAAAAGACCAGUCACUCGAACUCAACAAUAGGUAUUUCAAUUUCCCUAUUUGUAGUUAGUGCCCAAACUGGUUGCUCAAUAAAGCAAGCAAAAACUAGACCCACUGAGAAUGACCAUGGGGACAACCUUCAAAUAAAAUGUAGAUGAGCUCUACAGAACCAAGUACCUCGUAGACAAAUUAUCGGGUAAGUUCCAAAUCGAUUAAAAAUACUUGGCCAUCAUGCCGGAAGAGGAGCGUAACUACUUAAUGCGAAAAACUGGCAUGAGUUCACUAGGAUCUCGUUUCAAACUCAAACCUCUUGAUUCAGAUCCACGUAUUUAAAGUCCCUUUAAGGAAACAUUGGCACACGAUGAAGAGUUUGGUGUUACUGAGAAGGAAACCAAAUCCAAGUUAGACAAAUACAUCGACCUUAUUCUGAGCAAUACAACAAGUGUGGAUGAAUAUAUUUAUCUUGUAAGAGAAGAGGAUGAUGGCUAAGAUGAUCCUUACAUGUUGGCAGUUGUGGAUUAUAAAACCAUUAAAGGUGAUGAUAAGAAAACUGAAAUUAAGGAAUAUUACACCAUUUCAAGAAAAGGAUUAUGUCAUUAUAUUAAUGGCAAACCCACAGAAUUUAUACCACUUAGAAAUUGGCUCAGAGAAAGACAAACCUAUCAUUAAAUCAAAUCAUUGAAAUUCUUUACCAAAUUUAGAAAAUGGAAAACCCUUAAGAUGUGGAAGAGCAAUGUUAUCAAACAUAAAACUAAAACAAUUUAGAAUGCUCUGUUGGACAAAUAUUUCUUAUUGAACCCCAUCAUGAGAGAAACUCUACUUACAGUUAGAAAAAAUACCUAUGAAAUGAUGGAAUCUUGUCGUUUCAUUGGAUUUGAAACUUCUCAUCAAUUAACCAUGAAUGAUAGUACAUUUACUUUAGAAUAGUUCAAAUAAUUAUAGGACCAAUAUAGGAACAAAGUUAGUCUCAAAAUUAGAUCAUAUUCUCAAGCAUGUCGAAAAGUUGUGUAAAGUGGAUAUGAUAAAUCAUUGGAUAUACUCAGAAAGUAGAACUAUGUGCCUUAAAAUGAUGAAUAAUUUGGUGGAAAUGCUCCAAGAGAUACUGGAACAAAUGUGUUCAGAACAAGAGAAAUAGCAUAUGAAACCCUAUAAUUCCCAGAUAGCAUGACAUAUGAAAAGAGAUCAUAGUUAAGGAAAGAAUGUUCGAAAUUCUUGCGCUUUUCAUAUCUAGUUGAUUUCUUAGCCAUGGAAAGUCUGAGCAAUAUUUAUACGCUUUCAGUGAGAGACUUGAUAUCAAAAUUAAAAUCUUUAGAAUCCAUUGAUGAUUUCAAUGUAACUUUUGAAGCAAGUAACAAACCCCCAAUCAGAUUCGAUGAACCUCUCUUUGUGAUUAAAUUAGAUUGCACCUUUGACCAAAUACCUUCAGAAGACAUGUAAACUGAAGACAUCCCAGAAUUCAUACCUCAACCUUUUGGUAAUAGCACUGUCGAUGAUUUUCAUAUACUUUAUCAUGCUCAUUUAUAAGAAGAGAAGACUGAGGAAUAAAAGCAAGCAGAAAAACCAUAAGGAGGUAAGAAGGGCAAGGUUGAAGACGAUAGUGAGGAAGACGAGACUGAUGGAGGGACCUAUGAUGAAAAUAAAAUUUACAAAAGAACAGUGAUCCCCAACAUUUCUAAGCAUUGGAUUUUAAAGAAACCAUAGCUGAAUACAUUUCAUGCAGAUAUUGUAAAGUGUAUAGGAGAAGGAUUGAAUGCAAUUUAAGCUUUUGAGAGAUGGAGCAGACACAAUGAUAUGACGUAAUACGUAGCUGUAUUGGAAGAAUGGGAUGAUAUGGUUGGUGAAGAGUGGGGACAUCCAGAAUCUAACUAUUUGAAUCCUUCAGAUUGGUUGGAUUCAGCACCCCUUGAAACAUUUACAGGCGUUGUUAAGAAUAUUUUAGAGAAAGCAUUUGAAAGAGCUGAUAAAUAUAUAGAAAAAUAUUUUAACAAACAUUUAUUAACCUAUUGGGAAGACAAAUAGAUUAAUAUAGAUAUUUUCAAAGAUGAGAAAUUGGCACAUCCUGGAGACACAUUUUAAUACACAAUUGCAGUGCUUAAUAUGCAGAAGGAGCAAUUUUAGAAGGAUAUUCCUAUUGAAAGUAUGCAAGGAUUGUUUAAGAUUGAUUCUAUUGAAUUAAAAAAGAAGUUGGAACCUCUACCUGCUGAAUUAUUGAAAUAAUUUGAUUAGUUUAUAUAGCCAAUGCUAAGACUUAGAUGCAAAGAAUUAAAGGAAUGGUUAUAAUCAUCAACAGCAGCUUUGAAAGGAGCAACUACAAAUAUCGAUGAAUUUGUUAAGCAAAGCAAUUCAUUGAAAUUGAUUCAAAAAUAAUUAAAUAAAGUCAAAUCUAAAAUUUCUCUUGUUGGUCACAUAUAUAAUAUUCUUGAUGAAUACAAGAUAGAAGUGAAAAAAGAAGACAAACAAGCAUAUGUAGUUGAUAUCAUUUAAGCAUAAAAUCUAUUGGAAUAAGCUAUUCAUCAUGCAGAAGAAGGAGCAGAGUCCAAACUUGAUAGAUUUGCAAGAGAUGUCCAACAUAUCCUUAUUCCUUAAUUGGAGAAGUAGAUUGGUGCUUUGGAUGGAAUAAUCUAAGAUAAAAAAUACAUUGAUGCUGGAUUGAGUUUAGAGUAAGCCAUUAAAGAAUUGGGAGAAUGUGAUGAACAAUGUAAGAAAUUAGAAGCGGAUGCUAAGAAAUACAGACAUUAUGAAAGCACUUUAGGAUUACCUACUUCUUAAUUUUAGAGUUUAGAGGAUUUAAGAAAUGAUCUGAAUCUCAGGUAUUCAAUGUGGAAGUCUACAAAGGAGUGGAUUGAAUUAACUUAAUCAUGGAUUGAUGGAAAGUUUAUAGAUAUCAACACAGAUGAGAUUAAAGCCAAAGGAGAAUAUUACACAAAGAUUGUCAAUAGAUGUUCUAAAGGAUUACCUGCUAAUCAAGUUUUAGAUGAACUUAAAGAGAAGGUAUUUUCAUUCAAAGACACUAUGCCUGUAGUCUUGGCAUUAAGAAAUAAAAAUUUAAAAGAUUAUCAUUGGGUGCAAAUCAAAUAAGAGAUUCUAAAAUAAGACUUUGAGAUCACUGAAACAUUUACAUUAAGAAAUUUGAUGGACAUGAAGGUUGGAAUCUAUUAAGAAUAGAUAUAAGAAGUUGCUACUUAGGCUACUUAGGAAGCUGUCUUAGAUGCCUAAUUUAAUGAUAUUGAGUAAAAGUGGAAGGCUCUUGAAUUUACCUGUGUUAAUUAUAAACCUGAAAAUCUAAGGAACAAGGAAGUUUAUGUGCUCACUGAUAUUGAUGAAUUACAAGCAGCCUUGGAUGAUUUCUUGGCAAGUUUAAAUAAUAUAUUGGGUAGUAGAUACUUGAAGAUGCUGAGAAAGAGGGCUGAAAAACUAUAGAAGGAUGUGUUGAUUGCUUAAGAAACUUUGGAUGAUUGGUUAUAAGUAUAGAAAAAUUGGAUUUAUUUGGAAAAUAUAUUUGCCAGUCAGGAUAUCAAAACAAAAUUGAAGGAAGAAAAUGCUUUGUUUGAAAAUGUUGAUAAAUAAUUUAAGGCCAUUAUGAAAAAGACUAAUUCAUAGAAAUAAGUUCAUCGAGCUAGUGGAUUACUAGAUAAAUUUAGAGAAUACAAAGAAACAUUAAAUAGAAUUCAAAAGGCAUUGGAAUCAUAUUUAGAAGAAAAGAGAAUGGCAUUCCCAAGAUUUUAUUUCUUAUCAAACGAUGAGCUUUUGGAGAUUUUGGCUAAAUCAUAAGAUUUUGAUGCAAUUCAAAGAAAUCUAAAGAAAUGUUUUGAAGCCAUUUAUAGACUUGAAUAACCUGAGGAAGGUGCUAGAUCAGUAAAUGGAAUGAUUUCGCCAGAAGGAGAGAAGAUUCCAUUUGUUAAGGGUGUUUCAACAAAAGAAGAAGUUGAAUUGUGGUUGAUGAAAGUUUAAGAUUAGAUGAUUGAAUCAUUAAAGAAGAGAAUGAAACAAGGAAAAGUAGAAAGUGAAACCCAAGAGAGAAAUCACUGGUUACUAAAUCAACCAGCUCAAGUAGUUGCCACAAUAUCCAAUCUGAUCUGGACAUAUGAUACCGAAUAAGCCAUUAACAGUAUGACUGAUGAUUCCACUGCUUUAUCUAAACACUAUAAUCUGUUGUACGAAUCCUUGAAUGGAUUGACUGCUUUAGUCAGAGGUACAUUGACUCCACUUCAACACAAAGUCAUUGUAGCCUUGAUUACUUAAGAUGUUCAUGCUAGAGAUAUCGUGGAUGCUUUGACUGAUGAAAAUGUUAGUUCAAUAAGUGAAUUUUCGUGGUAAUAAUAAUUAAGAUAUUAUAUGGAUGAAAAUGAUCUAAUUAUAGUGAGGUAAGUUAAUGCUAAAUUAAAUUAUGGAUAUGAGUAUUUAGGAGCUACAACAAGAUUGGUUAUUACUAAUUUGACAGAUAGAUGUUGGAUGACAAUUACUGGAGCAUUGAAUAUUAAACUAGGAGCUGCUCCAGCUGGACCAGCAGGAACAGGAAAGACAGAAUCAACAAAGGACUUGGCCAAAGCUUUGGGUAUGUUUUGUGUAGUGUUCAAUUGUUCAGAUUAAAUUGAAUAUAAGAUGAUGGGUCGUUUAUUCAGUGGUUUGGUUUAAUAAGGGGCUUGGGCAUGUUUGGAUGAAUUCAAUCGUAUAGAUAUUGAAGUGCUAAGUGUCAUUGCCCAACAAUUGUUAACUGUGAGAUAGGCAUUAAUCAGAAGAGAUUAAUAAUUUAUAUUUGUGAAUCCAGACAAACCAAUCAAUUUAAAGGAAGAAGUAGGAGUAUUUAUUACAAUGAAUCCAGGAUAUGCUGGUAGAACUGAAUUACCAGACAAUCUAAAAGUGUUAUUUAGACCAGUAUCUAUGAUGAUUCCUGAUUAUAAAUUAAUUGCUGAAAUCAUGCUUUAAGCAGAAGGCUUUGAAGAUGCCAAGUCUUUGUCACAAAAGAUGACUCAAUUAUAUCAAUUGAGUUCUCAACAAUUGAGUCAACAGGACCAUUAUGAUUUUGGUAUGAGAGCAGUUAAAUCAGUGUUAGUCAUGGCAGGUGCAUUGAAAAGAGCAGAUAUCAAUUAACCUGAAGAUGCUGUUCUAAUCAGAGCAAUGAGAGACAGUAAUGUACCAAAGUUCUUAAAAGAUGAUCUCCCCUUAUUUUCAGCUUUGAUUAGUGAUUUGUUCCCAACUGCUAUUAUCAAGGAAGUAGAUUAUGGAGAUUUGCAAAAGUAAAUAGAAAUAUCAUUGGAUAAAAUGAAAUUGUAAAGAGUACCAAAUUUGAUUACCAAAACCAUAUAACUUUUUGAAACAUUCAAUGUAAGAUUUGGUGUGAUGUUGGUGGGUAAUACAAACUCUGGAAAAACUUCAUGUUACAAAUGUUUAGAAAUGACUAUGAGUGACUUAAGGAGACUCAAUCACUAAGAUUAAAGAUAUUAAUUAGUUACAUCCUAUGUUCUUAAUCCUAAGUGUAUAUCCAUGGGAGAAUUAUAUGGUGAAGUGAAUGUAUUUACUUAAGAAUGGCAAGAUGGAUUGGCAUCUUAAAUCAUGAGAGAGGCUGCUGCUGAUGAAACCAAUGAGAAGAAAUGGGUAGUGUUUGAUGGACCAGUUGAUGCCUUGUGGAUUGAAAAUAUGAAUACAGUGCUAGAUGAUAACAUGAUGCUUUGUUUGGCUAAUGGUCAACGUAUUAAAUUAAGAACCUAGAUGAGAAUGCUAUUUGAAGUGCAAGACUUAAGAGUUGCAUCUCCAGCCACUGUCAGUAGAUGUGGUAUGGUUUAUUUGACACAAGAAGAUUUGGGAUGGCUACCUUAUGUAUAGUCUUGGGUUGAAACUGAAUUCGGUCCCAAAGAGAUUCAACUUAAUGGAAAUAUACAAAAUGUAGAAAUUCUGUAACCAAAUGAAAGGAAAUAUCUGUUAUCCUUAUUUGAAGAAUAUGUCAAUGAUGUCAUUAACAAAAUCAGAAAAACAUUUAAGGAAACUAUUGGUACUAAUGAUACUCAGUAAGUAGUUUCUUUAUGUAAUUUAUUGGAAGCCUUUAUCAAUGAUAAAUAUGGAUUUAAAGCUACUAUGACUGCAGAUUCAAGAAAACGAUUUAUUUUGUAUGCUUUCACAUUUGGAUGCAUCUGGUCAGUUGGAGCUUCCAUUGAUGACAAACAUCAUGAAGACAUGAGUGAUUUCUUCCGUGAUCGCUUCUAGAGUAUCAUAUUCCCAAAUGUCGACUAAGUGUAUUCAUAUUACUUAGAUACCUCUAAUGAAUUAUCUUUCAAGCAUUGGAAUGAUAAAAUUGAAGAAUUCACAUAUGAUCCCACUGAACAGUUUUUUAAUAUGCUCGUACCAACAGUAGACACUGUUCGAUAUUCUUACAUCAUUGAACAGUUGUUAUCUAUUAAUAAGAGAGUAUAUUUGACUGGUCCCACAGGAACUGGUAAGAGUCAAGUCUUGGCUAAACUAUUGGUUUAAAUAUAAGAACCCAGAUCUAUAGAUCCCGUUUAUAUUAUAUUUUCAGCCCAAACCACAUCUAUGGUUACAUAAAUGACUAUUGAAAAUAAACUAGAAAAAACAAGGAAAGCAUUGUUGACAGCUAAACCAGGUCGUCAGACUUGUAUAUUUAUUGAUGAUGUGAAUAUGCCACAAUUGGAAGAAUAUGGAGCUUAACCGCCUAUUGAAUUACUCAGAUUAUUAGUAGAUAAGGGAUUCCUGUAUGAUAGAAAAGAACGCUUUUAGAAAUUUAUAGAGAAUGUUACAUUACUAUGUUGCAGUGCUCCUCCUGGUGGUGGUCGUAAUCCACUUACACCAAGAUUCACUAGGCAUUUCAAUAUGCUCUCAUUGCCUCAACCUGCACAGUCUACUCUAUUCAAAAUCUUCUUUAGCAUCCUCAAUGGAUUCUUUGGGUAAGGAUUUACUGAUCCUGUUAAAAAAAUGUCAGAUACUAUCACUAAUGCAACUAUCGAAGUUUACAUUCGAAUUAUUAAAGAAAAACUACCUAUCCCAUCCAAAUUUCACUAUACAUUUAAUUUAAGAGAUGUCAGCAAAGUAUUUUAAGGUGUAUUGAUGGUAAAGCCUGGAUUAGUUAGAGAAGUUGAUUAGGUAACUCGUUUAUGGGUUCAUGAAGUCAGCAGAGUGUUUUAUGAUAGAUUGAUUAAUGAUAUUGAUAGAGACUGGUUCAAAGAAUUAGUUGGAGAUCUUUUGGGAAGACAAUUCAAAUCUAGAAUGACUAAAGAUGAUGUUUAUGGAGCUAACAAAGUUCUUUAUGGUGAUAUCCUAAAAAUUGAUUCAGAUAAUAAAGAAUAUGAAGAAAUUAAGGAUGUUGUUAAGUUAGUUAAGAUUCUAGAGGAUAAAUUAGAUGAUUACAAUACGGAAUGCAAUUCUAAGACAAGAUUAGUGUUCUUUGGAGAUGCUAUUGAUCACAUUUUGAGAAUUUCGAGAAUACUCAGAUAACCAAGAGGAAAUGCAAUGUUGAUUGGUGUUGGAGGGUCAGGAAAACAAUCAUUGACUAGACUGUCAGCAUUUAUGUAGAAUCAAUAAAUCUAGUCAUUAGAGAUAACUAAGAACUUUUCAGUUGAUAACUUUUAGGAAUUCUUAAAGAAGAUAUUCCAAAUAUCUGGGUUACAAGAGAAACCCUUAUGUUUCUUAUUUACUGAUUCUUAAAUUGUGUAUGAAAGCUUUCUUGAAGAUAUCAACAAUAUUUUGAAUUCAGGAGAAGUGCCAAAUAUUUGGAAACCUGAAGAAAAGUAACCGUUGCUUGAAGAGGUUAAGAAAAUCAAUGCAAGAUUAAAGAGACCUGAAGAUCCUGAUACUCUUUAUAAGACUUUUGUGGAGAGUGUUCGAAAUCAAUUGCAUAUUGUGUUGUGCAUGUCCCCUGUAGGUGAUGCACUAAGAGUUAGAUGUCGUAAAUUCCCUGCCAUGGUUGAUUGUUGUACUUUAGAUUGGUUUUCAAGUUGGCCAGCAGAAGCUUUGGUAUCAGUGGCUACCAAAAUUUUAGAGCAAGAGACAGAUUUCCCUCAAACUGAUAUUCCAUAGAAACAACUGAUUGAUAGUUUAGCUUAGAUGUGUAUGGAGAUUCAUAUAUCAGCUAAGGAUUGUGCAGAUAAAUUUGAAGCUGCACUUAAAAGGAAGGUUUACACUACUCCUAAAAGUUAUUUAGAUCUGAUCGGAUUAUAUUUAAGCAGUUUGAAGAGAAAAAGAGAGGAAUUGCAAUUAAAAUAGAAGAGACUAUCAGGUGGUUUAGUUAAGUUAAAGAUGGCUAAUGAACAAGUUGCAGGUUUACAGGUGACUCUGACUGAUCUCAAACCUUAAUUGGAGGAGUCUUCAAUAAAGGUGUAAUAGGCUCUUGAAAAAGUCAAUUAGGAUUCCUAUCUUGCAAGUCAAUAGGAGUAAUUGGUUAAGGCUGAAACUGAGGAAGUGAAUAAGAAGGCUUAAGAUGUAAAGAUAAUAGCUGAUGAUGCUCAAGCUGAUUUAGACGUUGUCAUGCCUGAAUUAGAAAAGGCUUUAAAGGCAGUUGAACAAAUGGAUGAGAAUGAAAUUAAAAUCGUUAGAACUUAUAACAAUCCUCCUUAAGCAGUCGUCAUGGUUCUUGAGGCUGUCUUGACGUUAUUAGGUUCAAAUACGAGUUGGGACUCUGCCAAAAAAGCUAUGAUUGAUGUUGGAUCAUUCGUAAGUUCAUUGAAGAACUAUCCACGAGAUAAUAUUCCAGAUAAGAUACUCAAUAAUUUGAGAAAAAUCAUUUCGAGGGAAGACUUUGUACCUGAUUUAAUUAGAACUAAAGCUAAGCCUGCUGCAGAUAUGGCGACAUGGUGUUUGGCUAUGAAUACAUACUCUAUUGUAAGUAAGAAGGUAGAGCCAAAGAAGAGGAAAGUGGCUGAAAUGAUGGCAGUUUUGGAUUCAGCCAAUAAGGAAUUGGCAGUUAAGGAAGCUGAACUUUAGAAGGUCAAAUAGGCUGUUAAGAAAUUAUAACAAGAAACUGCAGAAAUGGCAUAAAAGAAGUAGGAUCUUGAAAACUUGAAAGAAUUAACUGAGGCUAGAUUAGAUAGAGCUUAAAAGUUGAUUAGUCUUACAGCCUCUGAAGCUGAGAGAUGGGCACGCACUGUGGAGGAAUUGGGAGUAGCCAUCAUCAAUUUAAUUGGUGAUGUCUUUUUGGCUGCAGCCUCCAUUUCGUACAAUGGACCUUUUACUGGGCCGUACAGAAAUGAAUUGAUUACUCAUUGGACUGAAAAGGUGAGGGAAGCAUAGAUUCCUGUAUCUGAGAAAUUCACAUUGGUUGGUACUUUAGGAGAUCCAUUACAAUUGAGAGAUUGGACAAUUCAUAAGUUGCCAAGUGAUUCUGUUUCUUAAGAGAAUUCUAUUCUUGCAACCCAAGGUUACAGAUGGCCGUUGAUGAUUGAUCCACAAUAAUAAGCAAAUAAUUGGAUAAAGAGUUCAUUCUAAGAUCUUAAAUUGAAAGUAGUUAAAUUCUCAGAUCCCAAAUUCUAAUCUGACAUGAGAUUGUGUAUUACAAAUGGAUACCCUAUUUUAAUUCAAGAUAUUGAAGAAAAUUUAGAUCCUUCAAUCGAAACUAUACUGUAGAAAUAAUACAAGGAAGCUGAUGGUCGUAUUUUGAUUAAGUUUGGUGAAGCCGAUAUAGAUUUUGAUAAAAAUUUCAAGAUGUUUAUAACAACAAAGAUUCCAAAUCCAAAAUACUUGCCUGAAGUAUUCAUUAAGGUCACAGUGAUUAAUUUCACAGUCACCUUUGAAGGUUUAGAAGAGUAAUUAUUGGCUGAUGUUGUGAGAUUAGAAAAGGAGGAGAUUGAAAUUCAAAAGGAUGAGAAUGUCAUGAAAUUAGCUUAAUAUCGUAAGAUGUUGAGUGAAUCUGAAUCAAUGAUCUUAAAACAAUUAGCUGAAGCAGAUCCAGAAAAGAUCUUAGAUAAUGUAGAUUUGAUUACCUCGUUAUAAUCUGCCAAAACCACAAGUGAAGAAAGCAAUAUCAAGAUUGAAGAAUCAGUAGUGUUAGAGAAAACUAUAGAGAGAGUACGUAAUGAAUAUAGAUCAGUAGCAGUAAGAGGUUCAGUAUUGUAUUUCGUAAUCAAAGAUCUAAAUCUCAUUGAUCCUAUGUAUCAAUACUCCUUACAAUACGUUUAAGUGAUGUUCAAUUUAGCUAUGAGAUAAGCAUAGCCUGCUGAAGAAUUAUAAUAAAGGUUAACUAAUUUGAUUGACAGCAUAACACGAGUAAUCUUCACUAAUGUAUGCAGAGGGUUGUUUGAGUAGCAUAAACUUAUUUAUUCAUUUUUGAUUGCAGCUUAAAUUAACAGAAAGGCAAACAAAAUAUCAGAUGGUCUUUGGAGUUCAUUUUUGAGAGGAGCAGGAGUCAUUGAAAAAGCUAAAUUGCCAGUUAAUCCAGACAAGGUAUUGAUUGGAGAAUCAUCUUGGGAAUUAGCUGCCUUUUUAGAUCUUAAUUUUGAAGUCUUUAAAGGUUUAUGUUAACACAUAUAAAAGAACAUGGCUGCAUGGAAAACAUACAUAUAAGCAUCUGAUCCUUUGGUUGUGAAAUUAGAAGAACCUUAUCAAAGCAAAUUGGAUGAAUUUGAAAAAAUGAUGAUUAUUAAGAUAUUUAGAAGUGAAAAAAUAUUAUUUGCACUCUCAAGUUAUGUUGAAUAAAACAUUGGGAGAUUUUAUUUGGAAUCUCCAAACACAACAAUGGAAACAUUAUAUAAUGAUUCUGAUGUUACAACUCCCAUUAUAUUUGUACUAUCAUAGGGAGCAGAUCCAACAUCACAGAUCUUGAAAUUUGCAAAGGAAAGAAACUUUGAAGAUAACUUAGCUAUUAUCUCAUUGGGUCAAGGUUAAGGAAAGAUUGCAACCAAACAAAUUAAUGAUGCCACUACUACAGGAGGUUGGGUUUUAUUAUAAAAUUGUCAUUUGGCAAGGACAUUUAUGCCAGAUUUAGAAAAAUUGGUGGAUGAUAUUACAGCCAAGAAAUAAACGAUCAAUCCUAGUUAUAGGUUGUAUUUAACUUCAAUGCCUGCUUCCUAUUUCCCAGUUAGCAUACUUCAAAACGGAAUCAAAUUAACAACAGAACCACCUCGAGGUUUGAAGGCAAAUCUGAAGAGAUCUCUAUAAGAUAUUUCCAAUGAAUUCCUGGAUACUGCAGCUAAACCAGAGAUCUAUCAUAAAUUAGUUAUGGGAUUGUGCUAUUUCCAUGCCAUUAUUUAAGAACGAAAGAAAUUUGGUCCAUUGGGAUGGAAUAUCAAAUAUGAAUUUAAUGAUAGUGAUCUUGAUACUUCAAAGACAGUCAUUAAGAUGCUUUUAGGUGAAAAUGACACUGUGCCUUGGGAUGCCAUGUUGUAUGUCAGUGGUAAUAUCAACUAUGGUGGUAGAGUAACUGAUGAUUGGGAUAGAAGAUGUUUGAUGACAAUAUUGAGAAAAUUCAUAUGUAAUGAAGUCUUGGAUGAUAACUAUGUCUUUUGUGAAAAUAAUACAUACAGAAUACCUGAGAAAAACGUUGUUGAAGAGUAUAUUAAAUACGUCGAAUCUUUACCUAUGACUGAUGAUCCUGCAGUUUUUGGUAUGCAUGAAAAUGCUAAUAUUACAUUCUAAUAAAGAGAAAGUGACUCAAUUCUAGAAACCAUCUUAUCCAUAUAGCCAAGGGAAGGUGGAGGAUCAUCAGAAAAAACACCUGAUUAAAUAGUAUUGGAGCUCGUCAAAAGUAUUUAAGAUGAUCUCCCUCCUCUUUUAAACAAAGAAGAAUCUAAUAAAGAAUUAUGGUAAAUUAAUCCAGAGAAAAAUCUGAUUCCAUCCUUGUCUACAGUUCUAUUGUAAGAAUUAGAGCGGUUCAACAUUUUACUAUCAACUAUGGGUAGAACACUGUAAGGAUUGGCUUAAGCUAUUGAAGGUAUAGUGGUAAUGAGUUAAGAAUUGGAUAGCAUGUAUUAUUCACUUAUGAACAACGAAGUUCCAAAGGUGUGGAAUAAAGUUGGAUAUUUGUCAUUAAAAGGUUUGGCAUCAUGGAUUAGAGACUUGAAAGAAAGAGUUAAGUUCAUGUCAGAAUGGCUUGUUACAGGAGGACCUAAUUGUUUCUGGAUAUCCGGGUUCUUCUAUCCCUAAGGAUUUUUAACUGGUUGUCUAUAAACUCAUGCUCGUAAGACAGCCAUAGCUAUUGACAACCUUGUUUUCUCAUUUAAAGUAUAAGAAUUUGAGAAAGAAUAAUGUUCAAUCAAACCAGUUGAUGGAGUGUUUAUCUAUGGUCUAUUCUUGGAAGGAGCUCAAUGGAAGAAGAAAUGCCUGGCUGAUCUUAACUUUGUAAUAUAUUAUUGUUUAUAUUUAGGGUCAAAUGAAUAUGUUGAUGCCAGUUAUCCACUUCCUACCUAUACAAUAGGACAAAUAUUAAUAGAGAUCUGAUAAUUAUAGGUAUCAAUUUUGAUCAAUUUAUUAGUUGUCCUGUUUACAAAACAUAAACUAGAGCUGGUGUGUUAUCCACUACAGGACAAAGUACAAAUUACGUUUUAGCUGUGGUAAUUAUUUAUCAUUAUGUAUAAUCUUAGGAUUUACCAACCUUAGAUUAACCUCCUGAUUAUUGGACAUUAAGAGGAACAGCACUUAUUUGUGCACUUAAAGAAUGA